UUGGGAAGAAGGCCGGUCGGUUCGGCGUCCAGUUCUCGGCCCGCCCCCCCCGCCGCCGGGGUCAUCCCCUUCCGGUCCGGCGUCAUCCUCACGCCCGUGGCGAGCGUCCGGGCGCCGCUGGGCUCCGUCCUCCCGCCGGCCCUGAACGCCUCGGGCCUGUCGCUGAUCCUCAGCCUGUGCGUGCACCGCUACAACGGCGCCUUCCUGUUCUCGGCCCUGAACCGAGACGGGGGGGUGCAGCUGGCCGUGCGGCCGGCGCCCGGGCGGCUCCUGGUGCGCGUGGGCCGGAACCCCCCCGCCGAAUUCCCCUACGACCUGUACGACGGGCGCUGGCACAGCCUGGGGGUGGCCGUCCGAGGCCGGAGCGUGGUCCUGCACACGUCGUGCGGUCAGAAGAGCCUCCACGCGGAUUUGCGCUCCAGAUACGAGGAGGCCCUGGACCCCCAGGGGUCCUUCUUCCUGGGCAAAAUGGACCACGGCUCGGUGCCUUUCGAAGGCGCCGUCUGCCAGUUUGACAUCUACCCCUCCGCCGAGGCAGCUCAUAACUAUUGUGAUUAUAUCAAGAAACAGUGCAGAGAAGCCGACACCUAUCGGCCCGCGCUUCCACCCCUUCUACCUCUGUUUUCAGACCCAAAUAUUACUGUUGCUAACCAAACGCCACGGCCAUUGACGGCAAAAUCCAGCAAGGCCGAGACGGCUACUUUGGCUCCGACCUGGGAAAACACCAGGACUACGAUUCCCCCCUUCCGGAUGGUUAAAAGAUCGACAGUGAAUCCUCCAAAACCUGCUGCCACCUCUGGUUCUCCACCUCCAUAUCCGGGCUUGGAGAGCCCUUAUUAUUCACCGACUCAAACCGUUACCGCAUCUCUUGGGAUUAGCAUGACAUCGCCAUCUCCAAAAAAAAAAUCCCAGGCAAAGCGAGGGAAUACUGACUCUCCAAAAGCUUUUGGGAAAAGUACGCGCUCACCUGCCUCCACCAGAUCACAACGAAUGGAGCCGCAGGGGGCCUCCGUUUCCCACAAUGAGCAGCUGACCAAACCCGAGCCAAAAGCGACCGGCGCGCGGGAUUUCCGACCCACCUCGCUCAUUCCGGUCACUCCACCCGCAACAGACGGCUUCCAAACGUUUGACCUGGAGCCGACCCAGUUCUCGCUGCUCGCCGGACCACCGGGGCUAAAGGGAGAGCCGGGCCCACCGGUGAGUGAGUCAGCACUUGACAAACACGACAAAAAACCUGUACCAGACACCCCCGGGUGA